AUGACCAGCUGUGACAUGCAGGCGUUUCUACAGAUGAAGACUCUCUGGAGAUUGUCUAUGCGGCUAUUCUGGGCGAUCGUGAUGGUUCUUGGCCUCACCACCCUAUUCACCCUCGCAUACGACAACAUCGCUUUCUUCGUCUCAUCCCACGAAGACACCCUCAACAAUCCCAAACACAGACCAUCUCUUUUCACAAAUUACUUCACCCACGGCGUCACGCCAGUACCAUGCCACUCACACAAUGACUACUGGCGACGAGUACCUCUCUUCUCUGCCCUCAGAGCUGGCUGCACCAGCGUUGAAGCCGAUAUCUGGCUAGAAAACGAUAUCCUCCGCGUCGGCCAUACUCCACACACAAUCCUCCGCGGACAAACACUAAACAGCCUCUAUCUAAAUCCGCUACUGGAAACGCUACAACAGCAUAACCCACACUUAAACGGAUCAGUCCCGGUAUCCACAUCGGCACCGGCUUCGGCAUCAGAAUCGAGCCCAGCAGUGUCUCCAGCAUCAGAUCAACCCUCAGAUCUAACCACAACCUACACCAACGCUCACACUCAUACCCACUCCCCAAAAGAAAUAAUCGGCAUAUUCCCCACAAACCCAACCCAGACCCUCGUCCUCCUAAUCGACUUCAAAAGCGGCGAACACCAAUGGGAAUACCUCAUGGAAGCCCUCCGCCCAUUGCGCGAAAGCGGCUACCUCAGCUACACCAGCACCAGCACCAGCACCAGCAAAAACGCCAAUUCCAGCUCUAGCACUACAGAAGAAACCGAGAUAAUAACCCGCCCUAUCACAAUCGUAGCAACAGGCUCGGCACCCUACCACCGCAUCCUCUCCAAUCCCCACAGAGAUACAUUCUACGACGCACCGCUAGACGACCUAGACAGUACACCCCAGUCCUCAAUCCACGAAGCCUACUCUUGGAAAAACAGCUACUAUGCCUCUGUCAACUUCCACCGCUCAAUCGGGUCAUUGCCGUUAGCGAGACUUUCGCAGGGCCAGCUGGCGAAAGCCCGGAGUCAGAUACAGGCUGCGCAUGAACGGGGGUUGAAGGUUAGAUAUUGGGGGACGCCUGGGUGGCCGGUGGGGUUGAGGAAUUAUGUUUGGCGGGUUCUUGUUCGGGAGGGGGUCGAUGUGCUCAAUGUUGAUGAUUUGAGGGCUGCGACGAGGGUUGAUUGGGGGAGGGAUAGUUGGUGGUGA